ACGGAGUGGAGAAGCUUCCGAUCGCCCAGUUGGGUUUAUAAAAUGGGUCGCCACUUGGCUCAGAUCAGCAGUUUGGUUCACAUCUCCAAGCGUUCAGCAUGAAGUCGGUCAUUAUUCUCUUAGCUCUGGUGGCUUUCUCCCACGCAGCACCUUUGGAUGUUAAGGAGUCUACCUCUGGGGAGCUCUCCAGGCCCAGUCCCAUCAGUCCCGAUGUGCUCGUUGAUCCCAAGCCCACCGCCAAGGUAGUCUUGCUGAAGGAUGCUCCCGUCCUUAAUCGCCAGAGGCGUAAUGAACCCAAGAAACCCGACAGCGUGAAGGCCCACGAACAGCUGCAUCACUCUGAAUCGGCCGUUCCUGAACAUCAUGAGCAGAAGCCUUCUCCGGCUGGGGCACAUGACCACAAGCACAAGAGGGAAGCUCACCACGAGGAGGGUGACCAUGGUGACGAUGCGGUGCCCCAGAAGGAGGAAGUGAAGCAAGCUCCGGAGGCCCAUGAAGCCAAGAAGGAAAAGCGAGAGGCUCACCACGAGGAGGGUCACCAAGACCACGAGGCUCCUCAUAAGGAGGAAGUGAAGCAGGCCCCCGAAGCUCAUGAUGCCAAAAAGGAAAAGCGAGAGGCUCACCACGAGGAGGGCCACCAUGGUGACGAUGCAGCUCCCCAUAAGGACGAAGUGAAGCAGGCUCCCGAAGCACAUGAAGACAAGAAGGAAAAGAGGGAAGUUCACCACGAGGAGGGCCACAAGGAUGAGGCGGGUGAUCGUCCUCAGGUGGAGGAUCUUUCGCUGCCCCAUGCCCUGCCCGCUGUGGCUCACACCGCCGAGCUGCCCAAGAAGCAGGAAAAGCGCGAGACUGUGGAGAAACCCGACAGCGUGAAGGCCCGUGAGUCGCUCCAGCACAAUCCCCAGCGAUCCGAGGAGCUCCACAAGGCCAUUGAAUCUCUGGCCGGCGGAAAGGCGCCGGAACAGCGUCACCAGCGCGAUAUUCCCGUGCCCACGCAAACCAAAGCCACCACCACCAAUCUCCCAUCCACCAGCAAGUCGGAGCUGGGAAGCACCACUCCGUCCAUCCACAAUCUCCACAUUCCCCAUCCCAUUCCCGUGGCCGAGCUCUUCGAGAAGAACAAGCAUGCGGAUAAGUCCACUUCCAGUUCGGAGGAAAGCAAGGAGAAAGCUAAGGCCUAGGCUUCCCAUGCCAAAAGUCGCUAAUGAAACCAUCACGAGAUUUGUAGUCAGCGAAACGAACUAAAAUAAACACAAAUAUUUACAUGCUUAUAUAAAAA